AUGGCAGAGGAGCCUAGAGAUACUCGGGACGACAAGUCCUCGGCGGGAGGAGGCUCUGCUGAGCCGCCCAAGAGGAUCCCCAGGGGAGUGGUCCUGGGCCCGGAUGGCAAACCAUGUCGGAAUUGCACGUCUUUCGCCGCGUGGGCCGCCCAGACAAAGGACACUCUCAAGCACGAAUCUGCACGGACACCAACGGCGACACAAGGGCCUCCGGCCGACUGCCCUCCGGACGUCGAGACACUUGGCCGGAGCACGUGGACUCUGCUGCACUCGAUCGCGGCUCAGUACCCGGAGCAGCCGUCCAGGGGCCAGCAGUCGGACCUCCUCAGCUUCGUGGGCCUGUUCUCCAAGCUGUAUCCGUGCUGGGUGUGCGCCGAGGAUUUUCAGGGCUAUCUACAUCGCGAUGCGCCCAAGGUUGGUAGCAGGGACGAGUUUGGCAAGUGGCUGUGCGGUGCACACAAUGAGGUGAACCGCAAGCUUGGCAAGGCCGAGUUUGACUGCUCCAAGUGGGAAGAGAGAUGGCGGACUGGCUGGAAGGAUGGCCGCUGCGAUUGA